GCUCUACUACAGUCCUACCCACCUCUUCGUAACCCUUACCUCACCCUAUCUCCAACCUGUCACCCCUUUAUAAUCUCUUCCUAGCUGUCCGCUCCUGUUGUCUUUCCUGUUUAUGGCGGACCAAUUGUCCGGUCAGCGUCUUCAACGCUGCUCCGAACAAACCGGUGGCUCUGGCAAACAUCGCCAGAGCAUUGCAGAAGAAGAAGAAGAAGGAGAAGAAGGAGAAGGAGAAGAAGAAGAAGGAGAAGAAGAAGAAGGAGAAGAAGAAGAAGAAGGAGACGAAGAAGAAGAAGGAGAAGAAGGAGAAGGAGAAGAAGGGGAAGAAGAAGAAGGGAGGAGGAGGAGGAGGAGGAGGAGGAGGUGUGGAGAAGAGAAAGGAGUUGUGGAGAAGGAGGAGGGGAGGGGGGUCGUGAGCGUUGUGACUCGUGAUGGACACGUCGGGGGGGGCAGACAUGGGAUCUCCCAAUGGGUGGGAUCCGUUGAUGGUGUGAGUAUCGGUAGUCGCACGUGGCAGCAGUGUAAGCAUCGCCGGAGUAGUCGGCUUCAGCAUAGUCACACGUGGCAGCAGCAGCGUAAGAAGCAUCGACGGAGUCAUGGGCUUCAGCAGUGUCGAGGACAUGAGGGCUGGGCGCUUCAGCAGACACGGAACGACUUUCUCUGUCCGCAGGUAUCUGGCCAAUCGGAAGACCAGGUGCGUCGUCAGCACCCAAGUCAUCAUCAGCAGUGGCCACCACUGGUGGUUUCAAGUCAGAUCCCGACCGCAGGUAUGGAGAAAGGGAUCCCGACCGCAGGUAUGGAGAAAGGGAUCCCGACCGCAGGGAUGGAGAAAGGGAUCUCGACCCCAGGGAUGGAGAAAGGGAUCUCGACCGCAGGUAUGGAGUCUGCUAAGCAGAGCAAACAGUCAGGAGAACGUCAAUUGCCGCAGGUGACGUCAGAAGGGUCCGAGGUGCCACGUCAGCAUUUACGCCCACCAAGCAGGCGGCCAAUCCGCUACACACCUCGGCCACUUCGCCAGCAGCUGCUGGAAACUUCACAGAGGUUUCCUCAGUACAAUGACGACGAUGAUGAUUGGCAGCAGCAGCAGCAGGAUGGUCGCAGAGCUCGGAUCGUCUAUAAACCCAUCAAUAAGCAGAGGCUGCGCCAUCUUCGACAUCAGAAGCAGAUGGAAGAGGUCCUGAUGAAUCAGCGUCUUCUUGAGCAGCGGUUUCAGCAGCGCCAACAACAGCAGCAUCGGAAUGCAAGCGAGACAAUGGACCAGGAGGAGGAGGAGGAGGAGGAGGAGGAGGAGGAGGAGGAGGAGGAGGUAAUUGAAGAAGGAGGUCCCGACAGUGGUCGUGGCAUUGCAGUGACUGGCAGUCAGAUGCACGUGGGACCAAGAACGUAUGUGUCCUUCUCGGGUUCCAAUUCGGCGAGGGCACAGGAUGGAGAAAGGAAUCUAGACGGAGAGGGAGGUCAGAUACGGAAAGAUGGGGAAAGAAAUCUGGAAGAGUGGGAAGGUAAGAGACGCGUGGAGGGCAGAGAGCAAGUCAGGACUGGUUCCUUAGGAUCCAUUGGACGUGGGGAAACAGGGUUGCAGAAUGUGGAUCGUGUUUUGCAAGUCAUCCGAGGCAUGGAGAACCCCGCCGUCGAGGAGAUAUCUGAAGCUAUGGCGACAUGGCAGGGCGUGCUUCGCCUUCGAGAGCUGGAGCUUGUCUUAAAGAGUCUGCGUGGAUGGAAAGCGGUUGCUGGUUUCUUUGCAUGGAUGUCCGUACAACGGUGCUUCAGGCCAAAAGCACAACUGUUUAAUUACGUGAUUAAGGCGGCUUUGCAGUCGCGUAAGUGGCGUGCUGCUGAUGACCUGCUGACCAAGAUGGAGAGUCUCGGAGUGUCACGAGACGCUCACACCUGUGCUAUCUUGAUAAAGGGAUAUGCAGAGGCUGGACUUUGUGAAGAAGCAGUUCGAUUGUUCCACGACAUGAGGACACGCGGCGAUCCUGCUGAUGUUGUUGUUUAUGCCAUUGCCAUCGACGUCCUUGGCAGAUUGAAGAAGAUGGAUGAAGCAGAAGACACUCUUCUGGAUAUGGUCAGAAGAGGAAUCCAACCAGAUACCGUGGUCUUCAACACCAUGAUUGCUGGUUAUAAGAGAGCUGGUAACUUGGAGGGUGCAAAAAGGAUCUUUGAUGGGAUGGUGAUGCGUGAGGAUGCUGCUUCUGCCUUGCCUUCUUCUCCUCCUCCUCCUCCUCCUCCUCCUCCUCUUCCUCUUCCUCCUGCUACUGCUACUGCUGCUGCUGUUGCUGCUGCCACUGCUGCUGCUGUUGCUGCUAACGGUGCUGCAACUGUUCGUCCUAGUGAUCCUACUACCGGUCCUUCUGCUGGUCCUCCUGCUGGUCCACCCGCUGGUCCUACUACUGCGGGUCAUAAUGCUGUUGGUCCUGCUGGUCCUGCUUCUGCUGCUGCUGCUAAUACUGCCGGUCCUGCUGCUGGUCCUCUGGAUGGUCCUAGUGCUGGUCCCGCUGCGGCUGGUCGUCGUGCUGCUGGUCCUGCUGCUGGUCUCACUGCGGCUGGCCGUCAGGCUGUUGGCCUUGCGGCUGGUUCUCGUGGUGGUCCUACUGCGGCUGGUCGUCGGGCUGCUGGUCCUGCUGGUCCUGGUUCUCUGGCGGCUGCUGCUGCUGCUGUUGCUGCUGUGCCUGCUGUGGCUGCUGAUGUGUUCACUUAUACUACGAUGAUUGGUGCCUACGUGGAUGCGGAGAUGUGGGCCGAUGCCAUAGACACGUAUGAGGCAAUGAAAAGUGCAGGUCUUAGUGCGGACAGGGUGACGUGUAAUGUCAUGAUUGCAGCUUAUGGUCGCAUGGGACGUGUUUCUGAUGCCCUCACCCUCUUCUACCAGAUGCGAAGAGAAGGUCCCCUCCCCGACGUUGCAACGUUUAACACCGUUAUGGCAGUGUUCGGCUCUGCGGGGAAGGUGACCGAGGCUUGGCGCCUCUUCUGCCGCAUGCGGAACUCUGGCUGUGUGCCCACCAUCGAGUCUUAUAAUGUAAUGAUUUCUAUCUUCGAGAACCGUCGACAGCCGCUGCGGGCUGUCAAACUGUUCAAUGAGCUGUGCAGCUUGAAUUAUCGUCCUACUGCGAUAACCUACGCAUCGAUGGUGCGAGUUUACGCGCGCUUGCGCAGAACGAGCAAUGCUGUGAAUUUGUGGAAUGAGAUGAGAGCUGAGGGGCACGCUGUGGACUCGAAAACACUGCUAACGAUGAUUCGACUUUUUGAGCGUAUGGGAAUGUAUGGACACGUGGCACGGCUAGAAGAAGAGAUGCUGGCAUCAAAAUAUGAGACAAGGGAAAUCAACCCGUGGAGGGCGUUAUCUGCAUUUGGAGCUGCAGGACGGAUAGACAAAGCAGAGCGAAUGCUGAAUGCCCUGGAGGAGGAGGAGGAGGAUGGGGAGGAGGAGGAGGAGGAAAAGGAGGAGGAGGAGGAGGAGGCGGAAAAGGAGGAGGAGAAUCACGCCACCAAAGUACUUUUUCCAUCCCAUUGCAGUCGCAAUGUGGAUAAUAAUAAUAAUAAUAAUAAUAAUAAUAAUAAUAAUAAUAAUAGAAAUAAUAAGAUACUUGCAGUUGAAGGGGGAUCUGAGCUGUUGGAUCUGACGGCAGCGUACGAGAAUCUGCUUAGAAUGUAUGGUCGUGCAGGGCUUUACCACAAUGCGCUGCACAUAUACAGGAGGAUGAAGUACAUGUAUCUGAAAGUGAGUGAAGAGGUAGAGAAUUUGACACUUAGACACUAUUGGAAGGUAGGACAGCUUGACGAAGCCGAGAGAACUUUCCGUACCCUGCAGGCUGAACAGCCGGUGAGAAAGCCGUUGAAAUCGACAAUUACAAGACCGAUGUCGAGGAGAGGAGGAGGAGGAGGAGGACAUUGUGAUAACAGUCGCGAUGAGGGAAACGGGAGGUGGAUAAACUCCAACUUGGCACUGGAGAUGAGUGAAGCAUGGAGAAAACCACCUCCCAAAAGUAGUUAUUUCACAAUGGUUGAGCUGUAUGAGAAAGCAGGCAGGCUAUCUGAUGCUGCCGCUCUGUAUAAGGAAAUGCUUGAUGUUUAUGCGGACUGGUAGUUUUGAUUUGAGCGCAACUGAGAGUAUACCCACACUAGCACCUUCUUGCAUGUAUCUGACUGCAAUCACGGCCAGUCCUGGAUGUAUCAGACCGUAAUCACGUCCAGAGGUCAGUCAAAAAAGUCCUUGUGUGGUACGUCCUUACUUGCUGAUUUCAGUGAGUACACAGUACUACCAUCUUCAGGGAUAUAGAACGCCCGGUUAUUAUCGUUGUAUCUAGACUGAAAGCUGCAUCACAUACGGCUAUAAUGACCAGGCGGUGCACAACUGACCUCG